GUGGCUAAUAAAAUUGUCGAUAAAUCUAAAUGUAGUUUUGAGCUCUCUCCUGAUAUUGUUUCUUCUGAGACAGUUAAAACCAAUAGUGUCAGUGCAGUUGCACCGAAGGAAGAAAAUGGAGCUCAAGUUACUUUGGCAGUUGAGAAUUCCACAAAAAUUGAUGGAGUUGCACUACCCCUCUCUGCUAAAAAGGAUGUUGGAAACGUUGUCAUGAAGCAGGGGAGUUGUACAGCACUUGACUAUUUAGACGAUGGUGUUGAAGGAAAUUUUAGGAGUGCUGUGAAGCCUUACAUUGAAGGUUUAGCUAGCUCUGCACAUGAAAUCAAGGAUGCUCAGAUUCAUCAAGAUGUUAAGUGUGGCAAUUCAAUUGAUUCAUUGAAGUCAGAUGCCAAAUUGAAAAUAGAGAAGCAACAUGAUGUAUCUGGAGAAGCUUUGAACUUCCAGGCUUCGUUGCACGCUGAUGCUACAGAGCUGCAGAAGUGUAAAGAUUGUAUGCAUGAGAGUUGUAAGGUGAAUUCUGGUGGUGCAGUGUGUGGUUCACAAUUGGAUGGCCAUAAGGCAGAAGAAUUCAACAGAAGUUCUGAAGCUGCUAGCAAUUUUCGUCUUGAAAAGGCUGAUGAACAAUAUAGUAAUCCAUGUGAGUUUAAACAGGAAUUGGACUUGCCAGAAGGCAACACAAAAGUGCAUAUUAGUUCUAUGAAACCCCAAAAUGGCUCUGAAGUUGGUGCCGAAAAGGCAUCAAAAUCGGGUGGAACGGUUUUCCACCAAUCUGUAUUACCAAGUCAACACAAAACAACACUAUGUGUUGGGAUGUCUUCCCCUGCAUCGGCGAAUAUUAUAAUUUCUAAACCAUCCAUAUCCAAUGAUUUAAAACCUGCAGAUCCUGAAAACCCAGAAGGUACUGCUGCCAAACAUGAGGCCGUGUCUGGAAGUUGUGGUAGCAGUAGGAAAGAGCGUUCUUCAAAUGUUGACAGAGACGAAGAAAGGGAAAAACUUCCAAGGAGAAGAGUUAAAGAGCAUCCAAGUGCUGCAGCAAAUUCCUUAUACUCUAGGGACUUGCAAGAUCCUAUUUCAAAAAGAACCACAUCACAGUCAAAAGAUUCUGUUGUGCCCUCAACGGUUAAGUCAUCUAUCGUACAUGUAUCGGACAGUUCAGGCAACAGCGAGUCAGUCGAGUCACAUCUCAAUCAUAAGGGUUUAACUGCACAAAACAAGAGUGCAGAAUCAUGUUUGCCACAAAAAGUUGACAAGCCUAACCAGACGAACAUUCUUCCUCCAUCGAAGGUCAAUCAGCGUCAUGCAACAGCCAUGUGCCCUCCAGCAACUACAAAUCCAUCUGCUGUUCUGAGUGAUGAAGAGCUUGCCUUCCUUUUGCAUCAAGAGCUCAAUAGCUCACCUAGAGUUCCUCGUGUACCGCGAUUGCGUCAGCCAGGUAGCUCACCACAGUUGGGUUCUCCAAAUGCAACAAGCAUGCUAAUAAAGCGAUCUUCUUCUUCUAGGGGAAGAGAUCAUGCUACGAGAAGGCAAGAGACGAGUAAUUCUGCAGAAGCUUCGAAGAGGGAAGAAAAUGGAGCUCAAGCAAGACUGAAUGCUCUUAAAAAAGGUCUUCUUUCAGCCUAUGCUAGAAAUACUACAAGUAGUGGUCCAUCAUCAUCAGUGGAGGCAAAUGAUCAUAACAAUUCAUCUAUACGUAAUUCACCAAGGAACACAUCUGAUGACGAUACAGGCACCGUUGGAGAAGGUUCUGUUCAUCACACCUUACCUGGCUUGAUCAAUGAGAUUAUGAGCAAAGGAAGGCGUAUGACUUACGAAGAACUAUGUAAUGCCGUAUUGCCUCAUUGGCAUAACUUGAGGAAGCAUAAUGGAGAGCGCUAUGCUUAUUCAAGUCAUUCACAAGCUGUUCUUGAUUGUCUAAGAAACCGACACGAGUGGGCUCAACUGGUUGACCGCGGUCCAAAGACAAAUUCAAGUAGGAAAAGGCGCAAAUUUGAUGUCGAAGAAUCCGAGGAUAGUGAAUAUGGUAAAGGGAGAACAACAAAGGCAACAGAGGGCAAAGGCCUCGAGACCCAGAAAGAAGAGUUUCCGAAACGCAAGAGAAACACUCGAAAACGAAAACUAGCUCUUCAAGGAAAAGGUAUAAAAGAGAUUAGGAAGAGACGCAAGAUGGAGAUGUUUACUGAUGAUGACGACGACGUUGGGCUGCUUUCUGAUUCAAGUGAUGAAAGCGUGUUCAGUGAGGACGAGCUACAGGACGUUGAUGAAUGUUCAGAAAGAAGGGAAGCCUCUGGCUCCGAUGACUAAGAUGAGUAGUUUGGACGGUAUUCUCCGAAUUGUGGAUGUAAUUUCUUGUAGUUUUAUCCGAGUUACGACACGCCAUACCUAGCUAGGGCAGCCUUUGUUACAUAGUUCUGGUAGUGUUUAACUUUUACUUAAGUUAGUUUCAUCUUCAUCAGGUUGCUUCAUCUAUCCUUUUUAGAAUGGCAAUUUGUGAAUAGUACUGCUACUUGUGCAUAUAUGUAUUGAUUCUAAUAUCUUUGGUGUAUUAAUUUUAGUGAAGAAUUAGCCUUAUUUUUCUUCCAAAUACUGCUGUUAAGUAGGGUUCUCAUAGGGGCUUGCUGUGUAGGUUGUGUGGAAAUAGGUUGGAAGGGCUAUACAUUGCUGUGAUGUGUAAGAUUUUAAUAUGUAAUAUUGGAUAAUAUUGAUUAGCAAAUUAAAACUGAUCUUUUUGCUGUGUUUA